GUUGUGAGUGCUCAAACAUGUAUUUUCAGGCCAUCUAUAUUACUAUUUGAGGAGGGUGCGUCUGUCCGUUACCGAGGUCCCGACUUGGUGGUGCUUUGCGUGGACUGCAGGCCAGACCGUUGCACCUAGCCCGGUGAAAUUUGCACAACUCAUAGAUCAAGGAUGCGCGACGUGCCUUUGAGGGGUCUCAGCUCGAUCGGAUUGAUAGGGAGCGCGUGGCGCGUGCUCAAAAAGUGCAAAUUCGCGUCAUAGACUUUACAUGUAUAAAUCGGCAUGCGAAAUCGGGCGAAAACGGCUAAUUUUGGUCGACACGGGUCCAGUUCCCGUGCAAUAUCUUGGUGACCAGGGGUCCGACCGGCACGGGGAAAACAGCAUCGUGUACACAAUUGAACGGGCUAUUGAAUGGUGUGCAAUGCAGAGGAUAGCACGCGCCACGUGCACCGGAGAGGGCACUUUUAUUUGAAAAAUUGCGGUUUUUGAGGGAUUUUGGAAUUAGUUUUAUUUUUAGGUUACCGUUAAAUGGAGCGAGUUGAAUCAACGCCUAUUUGCAAGAGAAAGGUACCGCCUCUCAUAUAAAAAUUGUGAAAAGCUGAUUGAUCCAAAUCAAGGUGGUGCAAAUCACAGGAGAAAAUGGUGUUUGUCAAUUUUGUGCCACUUUAUUAAUCACACGGGAUUUGCUGCAUAACCUGAUACCUUUGGCAAUUGAAUAUGGUACCAUUGGAUAGAGCAUUCAAUUCUGUCCAAUAUUCACUCUUCAUUUUUGCAUAAUUAGCAACAGUAUCCUUAAAAAUGUAAAUGUUCCAAACCAUUACAUUGUCAUUUUUAGCGAAAUUCAUCGAUGGCCCUCAAAAGACUUCACGCCGGUUUUCGAAUCAUUCUUAAGUAGAACGCAUGAUAAUACGACACGGGCACCUCGAUGCGAUGUAUCUUUUUGUUUUAUUACAAAAUGCUUGGCCGUCAAAAAGCAAUCGAACGAAAUGGAUGCCAACCAAAUCGACACAGACCAACCCAAUACCCACGGGUCAAAAAUAACCCUUCUUCGCGUUGCGGAGCACGCGGGUAACCCUAGUGGCCACCAAUUUUGCUAUCUCAACUCAAAACUAAUGUUAAGGUGGGAUGGUCACUUUAACCAAAUGCUUACGUUUUGUGAGUAGAUGUAACGCAAGCAUGUUUAGAACCGGACAUGACAUAAAACAUUCCCCCGCUACUAUUUUUCCUAGUUUGUAGUUUCCUAGUUGACACGAGAUUUUGUUUAGAUGGUUUGUAAUGAAAAUAGUGAUAAGUGGUCCCCCUCCAACUGCUUUAAAUGUUUUCCCCGGUCUAUCGAAGCAGUAGAUUGAAUUUGGGGAUUAAUCUUGCAUGUUAUCUAAGUUUUAUUACCAUGAUAAGUGUAUUGGUCAAUCGAGGCAUCAUUGUCAAGCCUUUUACUUUGCCAUCCAGCUUUUUUAUUUCUGGUUGCCAUAUUCUUUUAUCCCGAUAUUUAUGUGUGUAUUUAUUAUGUUGUCAUGUCUUUUCCUGUAAUCAGCAUGCUCUAUGGUAUAAAUUUGAUGUGCCAACCCAUCUAAAAAUGCAUUAUGCUUUAAUCUCCAUAGACCUUUGGUAACCGGAUGCUGGGAGUCAUGAGCUGGAUGAUGCCGUUCUUCGUCGCCUGCUCGACGUUUGGAGGCCUCAAUGGCGGCAUCUUCGCAUCCUCGCGGUUAUUUUUCGUUGGUGCCCGUGAGGGCUGCCUUCCGGUCGCCCUGGCCAUGAUAAACGUCAACAAGUUGACCCCAGUGCCUUCUCUCGUAUUUUUGUGCUUUCUCACACUCUGCAUGCUGGUGACAUCGGACGUGUACUCGCUGAUCAACUACAUCAGCUUUGUGGAGAGUCUGUUCAUCACUAUGUCUACGGCCGGUCUGCUGUACCUGCGCUGGAAACUGCCCGAGGCCCCGCGGCCGAUCAAGGUGAACAUCGCGCUGCCGAUCAUUUUCCUGGUGGUGUGCCUGUUCCUGGUGACGUUUCCCAUCUACAUGACGCCGGUGGAGGUAGGCGUGGCCUGCGGUAUCAUCCUGUCGGGCGUGCCCGUCUACCUGGUGGGCGUGCUGUGGCGUCGGAACGUCUCCUGCCUGGACGGCCUCAUGGACUCUAUGAAUAACGCGAUACAGAAGUUGACCAACAGUGUGAUCGACACAUCCAAAAUGGAUUGAUGGUGCUUCGAACGCGGCUUGCGUUUUCCCAAGCUGUGAUUUCGGACCGCGCUGUGCCAAAUCGACGGCCGCUGUCGGUCGGGUCGCCAUCUAGCGGUGUGGCGCAGAGCCUUAGUGUAAUUGGUCGCCGGUAGGUGACGCCAAUGGCGGCACGGGACUCACCGAGUCGAGACGCGUGUUGUCGCUUCCGAGACAUGAGCCUCGGCCGAUUGUGAGCCGUGUGCAGUUGGGUGCCGGGUCGACGCGACCAGUGUUGCGAUGACUGGUGCGAUUCAGCCGGUUCACUCGUGCGUGUCGCUGUGUGAGCCAAUGUGUGCAUGUGGGCAUUUCUGACCCCUGUCCUGCGGCCAAACGGGGAAUAACAAGCGGGUGGGCGUCUUAGGCCGGUUUGUGUACGAAGCUGUACACAGGUAGACGACUUGAAGCGAAUGGCGACUGUUAGGUGACUUGUACGUUUUUAUGCAUCGUUAUAGCAAUAAGCCAUCGAUAUAUUUAUUGGCUGGGUAAAUUUGUUUAAAAGAACGUUUGUUGACUGACCUUCGCGCAUUUUCUCCUACUUACUAACCAAUGACGUGGAACACAUGUUCAUCGUGUUGGAUUAUCACCAUACAUUAGUUGAUAACCCUAGCGAAGCCACGUACUUCGCUAGAGUAGUUUGACAGUUGAACGACGUCAACAUUUAGCCAUAAGGUAUAUGUGCUGGUGUGAGAAUGAUGUUUUCCUGUAGACGCCUAUUUUAAUAACACGAGUGUUUGCCAAUGUGUUAAUGAGUAGACCGGUAAGAUGCUCUUGACAGCACGUAUCUGGCUUUGGAGCAUGUUUGUAGCGGUCAAUAAAAUAUUUUGAGCCUU